UUUUUUUUCCCCAUAUUCCAUUUCGCCAAAACUCACUCUCAAUCUCGGCCUCGGUCCUCUCUCUCUCUCUCUCUGAGUUAUUUACUCCAUUCCUCACUUUUCCGGCGACUCUCUCCGACGAAAUCUCACACAAGGUAUAUACAUAUAAUUAUUAAGAUAUACAAAUAGGACAAUGGAUCACCAUGAGGACGAAUGCCGUGUUGGAGCUGAAAAUCAUGGCAAGCAAGAUGAGGAGGAAGCUGCUGCUCGUCUUGAGGAAAUGAAGAAAUCAGUUGAGUCAAAAAUGGCUCUUCGUCAGAGCAAUAUGAAUCCUGAAAGGCCUGAUUCAGGAUUUCUUAGGACAUUGGAUUCCAGCAUUAAACGCAAUACAGCAGUUAUAAAAAAACUAAAGCAGAUAAAUGAAGAGCAGCGCGAAGGCCUGAUGGAAGAUUUGCGAGGUGUCAACCUUAGCAAAUUUGUUAGUGAAGCCGUCACAGCUAUUUGCGAUGCCAAGCUUAGAAGUUCAGAUAUACAAGCAGCGGUUCAGAUCUGCUCUUUGCUUCAUCAAAGGUAUAAAGAUUUCUCGCCAAGCCUGACUCAAGGGCUCUUGAAGGUCUUUUUUCCUGGAAAGUCUGGGGAUGACUUGGAUGCAGAUAAGAACUUGAAGGCCAUGAAAAAGCGCAGCACUCUGAAACUCCUUUUGGAACUUUACUUUGUUGGAGUUAUAGAAGACAGUGGCAUUUUCAUGAAUAUCAUUAAGGAUCUUACAAACUUAGAACAUUUAAAGGACAGAGAUACUACUCAGACAAAUAUGACCCUUCUUGCUAGUUUUGCUCGACAAGGAAGAAUUUUCCUAGGACUUACAUUCUCUGGACAAGAAAUUCAUGAAGAGUUUUUUAAGGGCCUUAAUAUCACAACAGAUCAAAAGAAGUUUUUCAAGAAGGCGUUCCAUACAUACUAUGAUGCUGCAGCUGAGCUACUUCAGUCCGAGCAUGCUUCACUUCGUCAAAUGGAGCAUGAAAAUGCUAAGAUUCUAAAUGCUAGAGGAGAGCUCAGUGAUGAAAAUGUCUCUUCAUAUGAAAAGCUGCGGAAAUCUUAUGACCAUUUGUACCGCAAUAUCUCUUCUUUAGCAGAAGCACUUGAUAUGCAGCCCCCAGUAAUGCCAGAGGAUGGUCACACAACUAGGGUUACUACUGGGGAGGAUGCUUCAGCUCCUGCUUCUGGCAAAGAUUCUUCUGUUCUAGAAGCUUUGUGGGAUGAUGAAGAUACCAGGGCUUUCUAUGAAGGUUUACCUGAUCUCAGAGCAUUUGUACCAGCAGUAUUAUUGGGAGAAGCAGAACCCAAAGUGAAUGAACAAUCUGCAAAGACGCAAGAACAACAGACUGAACUGGCACCUGAAUCAGACCAACGUCAGCAGGCUACCCAAGAUACAACAGAGGUUUCUGCAGACUCUGGCACUUUGCAGGAGGGGAAAAACUUAGAUAGAGGAAAAGAUAAGGAAGAAAAAGAUAAAGAAAAGACUAAAGAUAUGGACAAAGAGAAAGGGAAAGAUAAAGAUGCAGAUAAAAAGGGGGAAAAUGAAAAGGAGAAACUAAAAGGUCUUGAAAAGACUAAAGAUAUGGACAAAGAGAAAGGGAAAGAGAAAGAUUCAGAUAAAAAGGGGGAAAAUGAAAAGGAGAAAUUAAAAGGUCUUGAAGGCACAAAUUUGGAUGCUUUAUUACAGAGGCUUCCGGGUUGUGUGAGCCGUGAUCUUAUCGAUCAACUGACUGUAGAAUUCUGUUAUUUAAAUUCAAAGUCCAAUCGAAAAAAGCUUGUAAGGGCACUGUUUACUGUCCCAAGGACAUCUCUAGAACUACUACCAUACUACUCACGCAUGGUUGCCACACUUUCAACUUGUAUGAAGGAUGUCUCUUCCAUGCUGUUGCAGAUGUUGGAGGAAGAGUUUAACUUCUUAAUUAAUAAAAAGGAUCAAAUGAACAUUGAAACAAAGAUAAGGAAUAUUAGGUUUAUUGGAGAACUCUGCAAGUUUAAAAUUGCAACAUCUGGCCUUGUUUUUAGUUGUUUGAAGGCUUGUUUAGAUGAUUUCACUCAUCACAACAUUGAUGUUGCUUGCAAUCUUCUCGAGACAUGUGGUCGUUUUCUGUAUCGAUCUCCUGAAACUACCAUUCGGAUGGCUAACAUGUUGGAAAUUUUGAUGCGCUUGAAAAAUGUCAAAAAUCUGGAUCCUCGCCACAGCACCCUUGUAGAAAAUGCUUACUACCUGUGCAAACCACCUGAAAGAUCUGCACGAGUCUCUAAAGUCCGUCCUCCAUUGCAUCAGUAUAUUAGGAAAUUGCUAUUUUCAGAUCUUGAUAAGAACACCAUUGAGCAUGUCCUGAGGCAACUUCGUAAAUUGCCAUGGAGUGAAUGUGAGCCAUAUCUUUUAAAAUGCUUUAUGAAGGUUCACAAAGGGAAGUAUGGUCAGAUUCACUUAAUUGCUUCUCUCACUGCUGGUUUGAGUCGCUAUCAUGAUGAGUUUGCCAUUGCUGUUGUUGAUGAGGUUUUGGAGGAGAUUAGGCUUGGGCUAGAAUUAAAUGAUUAUGGGAUGCAACAAAGACGCAUUGCCCAUAUGCGGUUCUUAGGGGAGCUGUAUAAUUAUGAGCAUGUAGACUCAUCCGUUAUUUUUGAGACACUUUAUUUGAUUCUUGUCUUUGGCCAUGGCACUCCAGAGCAAGAUGCACUAGACCCACCAGAAGAUAGUUUCCGCAUCAGGAUGGUUUGUACUCUUCUUGACACCUGUGGGCACUACUUUGAUCGAGGCUCUUCCAAGAGGAAGCUUGAUAGAUUCUUAGUACAUUUUCAGAGGUAUAUUCUCAGCAAAGGUGCACUACCUCUAGAUAUUGAAUUUGACUUACAGGACUUAUUUGCUGAAUUACGGCCCAAUAUGACUCGAUACUCUACCAUUGAAGAGGUGAAUGCAGCUAUAAUAGAACUUGAGGAGCAUGAACAUACUGUUUCAACUGACAAGGUUAGUAAUGAGAAGCACUCUGACACAGAAAAGCGUUCAAGGAGGAGUACUUCUGAUGCCACCUCAGCAAAUGGACAGAGCAUUAAUGGCACUGAUGAAAACGGGGUGCAUGAAGUCAUUGGGGACAGUGAUAGUGAAUCGGGGAGUGGCAGCGAGCCUGAGGGACAUGAUGAUGAAGAGUUGGAUGAAGAGAAUCAUGAUGAUGGAUGUGAUAGUGAGGAUGAGGAUGAUGAUGAUGGGGGUGGACCUGCUUCUGAUGAGGAUGAUGAAGUCCGUGUCAGGCAGAGGGCCCCUGAGGUGGACCCUCUGGAAGAAGCUAAUUUUGAACAGGAGCUUAAGGCUGUAAUGCAGGAGAGCAUGGAGCAGCGCCGUCUAGAGCUGCGGGGUCGACCUACAUUAAAUAUGAUGAUACCAAUGAAUGUGUUUGAGGGGCCCACAAAGGAUCAUCAUGGAAGGGGAGGGGAGAGUGGAGACGAGACAUUAGAUGAGGAAGCUGGAGGAAGCAAGGAGGUUCCGGUGAAAGUUCUUGUGAAGCGUGGGAACAAGCAACAAACAAAGCAGAUGUUGAUCCCUCGGGAUUGCUCACUUGUGCAGAGCACAAAACAGAAAGAAGCAGCUGAGCUUGAAGAGAAACAAGACAUUAAGAGGUUGGUAUUGGAGUAUAAUGAUCGAGAAGAGGAGGAGCUUAAUGGAUUGGGUACCCAAACAAUUAACUGGUCACAAGGUGGGGGCAGCAGAGUUGCCAGUCGUGGCAACACUUGGGAAGGAACUGGUAGUAGGGCUAGUGGAUCACGUCAUCGGCAUCAUAAUUACUCAGGUGGUGGAGUCUAUUACAGCAGAAAAAGGUGAAAAGUAAUUGUCUUGCAAUGCUAAAUUGUUGACAAUAUUUACCUUGAGCUUCUGGAAUUCUGCAACUGUGGUACAUCAACCAUAAAUCCAAUUAGAUGUUCCUAUGCAAUGGUGAAGAACCCCAAGCAUUUUGGCACUACCCUCUGCCAUUUUUUUCGAAAUGUGGUGAGGUUAAAUUUGGACUAUAUCAGAAGGUAGUGGCAUAUGGACUAUGGAGUGAAGAUAAACAAAAGGAUCCCUGACCAAAAAAAAACACUGGAUAUACGAAGGUUAUUAGGUACGAUUACAUCCGAUGGCAACCGGAAAAUUCCUUUGGAGUUACGCCGUAAUUAUAUCCAAUUCAUCAUGACAGAAAAAUCGAUGCAUGUCUCUAUGAUUGUAUAUUUGUCGAUAUGGGAAAAAAGGGACUCUGAUUAAUAUUCUGUGCUUUUUUUCCUUGGAAAUUAAUGUAUGUGUGGUUUUUAUGUGCUGCACUACUUUUGUCUUCAUUACUUUGUUAUUUUGGAGUCCUCAAUGGUGUUCCAUAGAAAGUAUCAACAAACGAUCAAAUCAGCGUGAGAACCUAAAGAAUGAAAUUAUAGUGUAUCCAUUUUCAUC